AUGAAACAUAUAAAUGAGUUUCCUACGGAAAUAAAGUUGAUACUGCUUUCACUCGCGCCAGAGCUGGGCUCUGCGUCCCGAGAUUACUAUUAUCUACUGAAGGGUCGAAUGCCCCGCGCGCUUCCGCAAAUAGAGCUUUUACCAGAUGAUAUCAAAUUACGGAUUCUUUGGUUUGCCCCCAAGAUGCGGUUCGCGUCGCGGAACUGGUAUUGCUUACAUAAUGAGCUAUACAGGUCUAAGUGCAAAAGUUUAGACACGGAAAGAUGGACGUAUAAGCAUAUGAGAUUGGCCAAGUUAGUGCAGGUUCACUCGCCAGAUAUUCAACCGCUCCGCAGGUUAUGCUAUAAUUACCACUUGAGGAUACUGAAAAAAGUUACGAGAGCGCAGGCAGAACGGUCCGUGAUGCCUUUUAUAUCAGAUUCAUGGUACUUUCUAUACAGGAAUUCUUCUUUGUUGCUAGAGGGUGAACAUUCGCAAUUUCCCCGGAUGAUUUGCAGUGGUACCCCAAAGGCGUUUGAUUAA